AUGGAGAGCCAUGAUCUUCACUACAUUCCGCUCACAGAUUUCGAUACCCCUCAAGGAAGCAGUGGAAUGUCAGGCAUCGCUGCUAAUGGAUUGCUUUUACUAUCUUCAAACGUAGGUGAUCCUGAAAUUCCUGUUUACAUAUGCAAUCCGAUCACUCGUGAAUAUAUUGUGCUCUGUCGUCCUAUGGAGUACAAAUUUGUGUCGUGUUUUGAAUUUUGUGUCAGGAAAAUAAGUGGGCAAUAUAAGGUGGUGGUCUCUAUCUGUCGGACCCUUGAAUCCGACUCGUUUCAAGUAUACACCCUCAGUACAGGAAUAUGGAGGGACGUUGAAACCGGCGUUGCCUCUGGUUUCAGAUUCUAUUUCGAUGGACACGCUGAAUGUAAUGGCAACCUCCAUUGGAUGGUGAUUGAUUUGGUUGAACCCUACUUUCAGAUUUGUGGUUUUGAUGUUGAAACAGAACGUUUUACCAUCUUCUCUGCUCCUCCAUCUCUCCCUAUGGAGUUGAGUGUCCAGUUGACUAUUUUAAGAGACUGCUUAUGUAUUUGCUAUGUACAAGAUUAUGAAAUCGCCACCUGGUUGAUGAAGAAAUACCGAGUAGAUGAAUCUUGGACCAUAGAGUAUAAGUUGAAAACUAUGGAUUUUGCUUUUAAUGUGGCUCGGGUUAACAUGGUUGUUCGUCCUAUCAAAAUUUUCAAAGAUGGCGAUGCUUUCAUGUUGGUGAACGAACAUCAGCUCAUCUAUUACUUCAACAUGACAGAACCUACUCAAAAAGUAGGUGUGUUUACCGAUGCAGAUAUAAGGUACUCCCUUCGUCCCGCUUAA